CCAACUAGACGAGUGUGUAUUAUGUACGUGAGGGCCUUCACGUCGGGUGGGUAUUUGUUAUACUUUUGGCGCAUAGAAAACUAAGAAAAGGUUGAACGAGAUGGCAAAAGUGUACGCGUGUGUAUAGUGGUGAGGAGAUGAUUAUGAGUGAACAAUGAAUGAUUUUGCAAUUGCUUGGCAUGAUUGAGAAAUUUCACAGCUGACAAAGAAAUUAAUUUCCAAUUCAAAAGUAAACAAGUUUAUUCCAUUUUACAAUAGCGAGAGAGACAUUUAGCCGAAUUACUUGAGCUGAAGAGUGGCUUCAUCGCUACAUCACUUCAUUGCCACUCUUUUCACCUCAGCGCUUUUUGGUGAUUCUUUUUUUGCCAGCGGGGAAAGAAUGUGUGUAGGGAGUAAUUGGAAAGAAAAUGUAGCUUUUUGUGGUAGCGAAGGUAGGAGUUGACUUUACGUGUAAGCAGUCGUCGCGCAUGCGUCAAGCGGUCGAGAAAGCCCCGUGGUGUUGUAUCAUUGUUACAAGCACUUCUGCGAACAAAAAGCGAAGUUAAGCGAACGUGUAGCAAAAAAGAAAGUGCACAAGAAAUACGGCAUUUUAGUUCAGUGAAACAAAAUUACGAAGAAAAGUUGAAAAUAAAUAGAAAAUUAAAUUGAUGUGUUAAAACCAAGUGAAGUGAAGGUCGCCAAAGAUUCGGUGAAUGUAUAGCUACGAAUAGAGUUAUCACUGUUGGAAAAAUCCUGAUUGUUGGUUGGAAUAGGAUGCGAAGAGAAGAAUACGUGAAUGAUAUCACUUUACAACUGAGAAAUAUUUUUCCAAUUCUCAAACGAACGAGCAUCAGGAGAUUGACUUCGUUCAUGAGCUUGCUAACAGAGCCUUAAAUAAUUAAAAUUCUUUUAUUCAAAUUUCAAUCGAGAUGAGCGCUAUUGUGGGCGCGGCAACGGCGAUAGGUGGCGCUGUCACAGCAGCCACCAGUAACAGCUGGUUUAUACCAAUGCUGGUGGCGGCGAUAGCUUAUUUUCAGUACGAAGAGAUAAUGGAUCCCGAGUCGAGGGCAGAAGAUUUGCCCACUGAUGAGAUAUUAGACAGAUAUGAUUUCAUAGUGAUAGGCGCUGGGUCAGCGGGUGCAGUGAUUGCAAAUCGUCUGACUGAGGUGGAAAACUGGAAUGUGUUGCUGUUGGAGGCGGGUGGAGAUGAGACAGAAAUUUCGGACGUGCCCUUAAUGGCGGGAUAUCUACAAUUGAGUAAGAUGGAUUGGAAAUAUAAAACAGAGCCGACCGGCAAAUUUUGUUUAGCCAUGAAUAAUGGACGUUGCAACUGGCCGCGUGGUAAGGUCUUGGGCGGAUCCAGCGUGCUGAACUACAUGUUGUAUUUACGUGGUAGCAAAAUCGACUACGACAAUUGGGAGGCGUCGGGAAAUCCAGGUUGGGGUUAUCGCGAUGCAUUGUAUUACUUUAAAAAAUCAGAGGACAAUACAAACCCCUACUUGUCUAGCACACCAUAUCAUUCCACCGGUGGCUACUUAACAGUAGGCGAAGCGCCUUAUCAUACACCACUUGCCGCAAGUUUUGUGGAAGCAGGCGUUGAAAUGGGUUAUGAAAAUCGUGAUUUGAAUGGCGAAAAACAAGCCGGUUUUAUGAUAGCCCAAGGCACCACACGUCGCGGCAGCCGCUGCAGUACGGCUAAAGCCUUCUUAAGACCUGCACGUCUGCGUCCCAAUCUACACAUAUCCAUGCACUCGCAUGUAACGCGUAUCAUGAUUGAUCCUGUGACCAAGUUGGCUUUCGGCGUUGAAUUUGUCAAGAAUCAGCGAAUUUAUCGAAUACGUGCAACUAAAGAGGUUAUUUUAUCAGGCGGCUCUGUUAACUCGCCACAACUUUUGAUGCUUUCAGGCAUUGGGCCACGUAAAGAGUUAGCUAAACAUCGCAUACCCGUCAUUAAGGAACUUAAUGUCGGUGAGAAUAUGCAGGAUCACAUUGGACUGGGCGGUCUUACGUUCCUGGUCAAUCAACCUGUUUCUAUUGUGGAGAGUCGUUUCCAUUCCAUGUCAACAGUGCUGCAGUAUGCUGUCUUUGGACAAGGUCCACUUACCAUACUCGGCGGUGUUGAGGGCCUAGCCUUUGUGAAUACAAAAUACGCCAAUGCUUCAUUAGAUUGGCCUGACAUUGAGUUUCACUUUGUCUCUGGUUCUACAAACUCAGAUGGCGGUUCUCAGUUGCGCAAAGCACACGGACUUACAGAUGCCUUCUAUCGCACGGUAUUCGAGAAGAUCAACAAUCGCGACGCAUGGAGCAUAAUACCAAUGUUGUUGCGUCCACGUUCGAUUGGAUCGAUUAAAUUGCGCAGCAACAAUCCAUUCGAUUAUCCAUACAUUUUUCCCAAUUAUCUCAGUGAUGAUCUCGAUACAAAAACUUUGAUAGAGGGCGCAAAAAUCGCUGUAGCUCUCUCACGUACGAAAGCCAUGCAACGCUUCGGUUCACGCAUAUCAUCGAUUAAAUGGCCCGGCUGUCAGCAUCUGCAGAUGUUCACCGACCCCUAUUGGGAGUGCAUGAUACGCCAUUACACAGUGACCAUAUAUCAUCCGGUGGGAACAUGCAAAAUGGGUCCUUACUGGGAUCCGGAAGCGGUGGUUGAUCCCCAGUUGCGCGUAUAUGGCAUUCGGGGCUUGCGGGUGAUCGACGCGAGUAUUAUGCCCAAGUUGGUGAGCGCUAACACAAAUGCGCCGGUCAUAAUGAUCGCGGAGAAGGGUUCUGACAUGAUCAAAGAGUUUUGGAUUAAGAACACGAUAAUCUAG